AUGAUCUCAUCCCCGCCAGGGUCGCCGGAGGCUGCGCGCCAGGUUCGUGCGCAGUCAAUGUACUCAGUCCCUUCGCCAGAUCCGGCUCAGAAACAACGACCUCAGAGCAUGAUCGGCCGGCCUCCGCCGCGGAGCAAUAGUCGCAUGAGCCAGAGCAGCAAUCAUGUGGGAAGUAGAGCCUCAGAUGAAGAUGCAAAGACGUCGGUCAAAGUCGUGGUUCGUGUGCGGCCGCCGUUGGGCCCUACCGAUCCUGGCUUCGAACUUAUCCCACAGCGUUUUCAGCGGUCGAUGGUGCAAGUCAAUACAAAUACCAGCCUUGCAGUCGAGUCGCCUCAGGGACGGAAAAUGUUCAUAUUUGAUCGCGUCUUUGGAGGAGACACCGAUCAGGAAGGAGUCUGGGAAUACCUUCAAGACAGCGUGAACUCCUUCCUACAAGGCUACAAUGUCUCUAUCCUAGCCUAUGGCCAGUCUGGGUCUGGAAAGAGUUAUACCAUGGGUACAUCAGGCCCCAAUGAACAGUUCGACCCUUCUAUGAAAGGUGUCAUUCCUCGCGCAGCGCAGCACCUGUUUGAGAACCUAAAUGGAGCGCCUACACACAGCCGCCACAACUCCGGCUUAAAGUCACCGACAAGGUACUCUGUCACAAGUUUAAACCAAGUGAUGCGUAACUCGAAGUCGUUUCCGGACAAGGGUUGGGAAAUGUCUGUGACAUAUGUCGAGAUUUAUAACGAGCAGCCUAGGGAUCUUCUCCUGCCCGAGGAUGCACCAUUCACAGAACGAGCCAACGUCCAGAUCCGGGAGGACCCUCGUGGUCGAAUCUUUGUGGAAGGCCUCAACUCCGUACGCGUUUCUUCUAUGGAAGAGUUGAUGCGUGUCCUGAAUCACGGCUCUACCAUUCGACAAACCGAUGCGACAGCUAUCAAUGCGAGAUCUUCUCGGUCCCACGCUGUCUUCACCAUCAAUCUUCGUCAAACCAAAGCACAAGGAUUCACCUCAACGAAAGACAAACGAGCUUCAAUUGCAGGUGACCAUUUCCCCUCACACGAUUCCCCUAUGACAGUGGAAAGUAAACUACAUUUCGUCGAUCUGGCUGGUAGCGAAAGACUGAAAAACACACAAGCCACCGGCGAUCGCGCAAGAGAGGGAAUCUCCAUCAAUGCUGGAUUGGCCAGCUUAGGCAAAGUCAUUUCACAAUUGUCCUCCAAAGCCUCUGGAACAUUUGUGUCAUACAGAGAUUCCAAAUUGACUCGAAUGCUUCAAGAUUCACUAGGUGGUAAUGCUAUCACUUACAUGAUUGCCUGUGUAACCCCAGCGGAAUUCCAUCUUAGUGAGACGCUGAAUACUGUACAAUAUGCACAGCGAGCCCGAAACAUCCAGAGCAAGCCGAAGAUUCAGCAGGUUGAUGAUGGAGCCGACAAGCAAGCUAUCAUCGAACGCCUACGCACCGAAAUUGCCUUCUUGAGACAACAAAUUCGCAGUGCAGAGUCAGGUGAUCGAAGACCUGGAGGCAUGUCAGAGCGGGGAGACAGACCAAAUGAUCGGGAGAAUGAAUUGCAAAAUCAGCUCCUCGACGUUCAAGAGAGCUACGGUGCUUUGAGCCAACGACAUGCAAAGCUUAUAUCCGAGCUGACCAAGAAUACUGAGACAUAUGAUCAAGCAACAUCACUACCCGGAGAAAGCGCUAUUGACAGAUUGCGACGAUCGCAAGCCAAUCAAGAAAUGAUUGAGCAAGUGGUCAUGGAAUAUGAGAAGACCAUUCAAAGCCUGGAGACAAACCUCUCGACCACUCGUUCGUCUCUCGCUACCACGGAGAGUAGCUUGUUGGAGAAAGAGACAAAAUGCGCCUAUGUUGAAACAGUUAAUCAGCAACUGAAUGCUCGCGUACAGAAAAUGAUGGAUCGAGAAUCCAACACGGAACAGUAUCUCCAUGACCUGGAGGCGCGACUCGACAAUCAAAGCACCGGUAGCGAGAAAAAUGACGCCAUCAUUUCUGAACUCCGGAAAGAGAUCUCACGCAUCAGAGAAAGUGAAACUAAUGCCGAGGACUAUAUUUGUACAUUGGAAGAACGACUUGCCGAAGCAGACCAAGACGUCGAGAUCAUGCAACGUGAAAGUGAGCGCUUGGAGCAUCUUGUGGAGCGCCAACGAAGUCUCGGCAAACUUGACAAUCUGUUAUACGAGCUGGACCAUAUUCAAGACAAGGAAGGAAAGUCCAAGCUUUCUAGUAAGCGAGCCCCUGAAGAGGACAAGAUUAUCGAGGAAGAGCAUGAGCAAGGUCUCAACGUGGCAGAAGCAAUUGAACUGCCACCCGCGAAAGAGGAUGAACUCGACGAACACAUCGGAGAUCCUGCCGACCACGUCGUUGCCGAAAGUGACGCCGCAGGCCUCGAAAAGCUCGAGACUGCUGUUGCUCAGAGGGAGCACCUCACAGCAGAGCAGACCAACGAUGCGCUUCCUAGUCCUGCUCAAUCCAAAUUCAUCACUGAAAAGUUUGAGGCCGUUAGCCAAGAACUCUUUGAUCUCCGCCUUGAACAUGAGUCUACAGUCAACGAACUGGAUCUUCUGUCAGCCAAAUACGAGGAGGCACUUCGAACAUUGGCGCAGAUGCACGACUCUUUUGAGGAGCAACGCCAAGGUGAAAUCUCUGAACAGGCUGAACCUGUUCACUCGCCUUCGAGCCCGCGUUUUUUAGACGAGAGUCAACUGCAAGAAGUGGAGGAUGGGCGCGAACUACCCUCCUCGCGGUCAUUGUCCUCGGAGUUAUCCUUAGCUGGGGAAUCUUCAACCUCAGUGGAUACCGAUAUCACCCCGGUUUCUAAAGCAUCUCCGGCAAUGGAAGUUGCCACGCAAGAGAUUGAGAGAUUGCAAAAUCUUCUAGAAGAGCAUGAAAGGAAUAUUCAGCAGGUCACCGAGCAGUACACUCGACUUCAAGCUGAUCACAAGGACGCGUUGACAACGGUCGACCGGCUGAAGUCACAGGUCCAGCGAGCUAGACCAGCAUCACCUAGCACACCAGGAAUGUUGCGACGUAUGACCUCGCAGAGUAACAAUGCAAUUGAUCGUGGUCUCAGGUCGAUUACUUCAUUGAGGUCUUUGCUUGUGGAAGAGUUCGAGAACCGGCCUGACAGGAUGGAAGGCGCCGAAGUGCAUCUCUCCGCAGCAUCUCUCGAACUCCAAGCGCGCCUAGAACGUAUCCAGUCACUCGAGGCCGAAGUCAAGACGGUGAAGAAAGACAUGGAACUCAAGUCUACCAUCAUUUCGGGGCUCACGAGAGAAAGAACGAGUAUCAAGGCCGGAUCGCCCGUCGAUCUCAACAUGGUCUCUCAGCUAAGGGAUCAAAUCAUUCAAAAGGAGACCGAACUCAAGUCGCUCCACGAAGGAUACGCCCGACGCGAGCAAGGCCUGCAGGAGGAAAUCCAGAGAUUGAACGCUGAGAAGGCCAAUGGCCACCUCACCCCUCCUGGAUCCCCAGAUCACGGAAAGAUUGAGUCCCUUAACGAACAGUUGUCGGCCUUGACAUCUAAGCUGGAGGCUAGUCAACAAGCUGUCGAAGAGUCUCAGAAGAAAUAUUCUCGGACAAAGUCAGAACUAGAGGCGGCGAUGGCAAGCGUAGCAACUCUCAAAGCUCAGCAAGUCUCUGGUGAGGGUGAUGUGGCGUCUGAACGCGCCAAUACUGCUGCGGCCAUGCAGAACGAGCGCGACAACUAUCAAGAACUCAUAGACAGUCUGAAACACGAGGUCGAAGAACAGCGAGGCUUGAAUACUGAAUAUGCUGCGAGGGUGUCUGAACUCCAGCAACUACAUGACUCACUGAGCAAAGACUUUGAUGCUCAGACGGAACUGGCCAAGUCGCACCGAAGUGAGAUCGCCUCUCUCAAGACACAUGUUGCACAGCUUGAGCAGAAAGUUAAAGAGGCAGAUUCGGCUCUCGAAUCACACAAACAAGGUCUGAAAUCACUACACGACUCACACAACAGCCAGAUUGAGGAGAUGAAGUUAGCCCAUGCGGGUCAUCUUGCAGGCUACGACGAUCAGAUCGCAGAGAUGACAAAGAAGCAUGAAAAGCUUGUGUCUACCUACAAGAAAGAUCUUGAACAUGCUCUCACCACAAUUGACCAACUUGUUUCAAAGGCUCAAGGCGCAUUGGGCCACCCUACCAAUGCAGAUAUGCUUGCCAGCCACAUUCAAGAUGUCGUGGAUGAAAAGUGUCACAUUGUGGAGGCCAACCUGCGGUUGAAAGAUGUGAAUGCUGAACUUGAACGUCAACUUGACGGUAGACAGGGCUUGCUCGAGUUAGAAGAAGCGCUAGCAGAUGCGAACGCUAAGAUUGCAAACUAUCAAGAGACCAUCCGCAGUCUCGCGAAUGAAGUUGCUAACCACGAGGAAACAAUCCGCGAGAAGGAGGCUCAAAUCAAGAAGGCCGAAGCAGCUGUGGACACUAUCAAAGCCGAGAAGGCUAAGAAGUCAAUCAUCAUCGAGGAACUUGAGCAACAGUUGCAGAGCAGCUUCGAGCAGCAUCACAACAGAGUGUCUGUGAUUCAAGCUCAAGGAAAUCAGGCUUUGGUCGAGGCUCAGCAGAGAAUUGCUAGCCUGGAGAAGGAUCUCGACCAGAGAAGAUCAAUCAACGACGGUGGUUCAGACAGCGGCUCGCGAACAAACACUAUGAAAUCACAAAAUCGGCCUCAAUCGCCGCCAGUCGACGGCAGCGUCCCCCGAUCCAAUUCGAUAAGCUCGAAUCUACGCAAGUCAGCGUCUAUUGCUUCUCUGCCAUCGCCUCCACCGGCCAUCCCUCUACCACCCUUACCUACCUUACCAGGUAUCCAAGUGGGAGGUGCUACGAAUCCGUCGCCUCCUCAAUCUCGUCACGCUUCAAAAGAGGUCACACUACCAGUUACACCAGUGUCCGGCACUGCCGUCUCUACCAACUCCCAGAACGUCCGGCGAUCCUCUGCGCUCAUUGAGGAACAAGAGAACCGUUUGCGCACCAUCGAGAAACACCUUCAUGCUGAAAAGCAGUUGACGGCCACUCUCGAGGAGGCACUGGUCGAUCUAGAAACGCAAUCGAACAAGCUCCGCGCCGAUGCCGAGAUCUGGAAGAAGAAGGCUUGGUCGAUGGAAGAAGAACUGGCGGGACUCAAGAAGGAGCGUCGGUCGGAGCGCCUGAGUGUCCAGGCGGUCGAAGAAGAAGUCAAGAAGCGUCGCGAGGCCGAAGCGGCGAGAGCGCAACUCGAAGAACGCAUGCGGUUGCUGACGGUCGGGAAAGACGGCAAGACGAAGAAACGAAAGGGAAGCUCAUUGAACUGCUUCUAG